AUGACUUAAAUAUUUUUUGUACUUCUACAUUUUUGCCAAAUUAGAAUCUUUGUUACUUGUAAUUGCUAAAAUAAUACAAUUUAUACAUAACAUGUAUAUCCUUAGUGACAUAUUUUGUGUUAAUUGUACAGAGACAAGUUGUUAUUCAUUAACAUAUUUGCCUCUUGUUUCAUUAGUUUAAUUAAAAAAUUGAAGUAGACAAAUUGGUACAUGUGAAACAAGUUGAAUUUGACAAGAAAUAUUCUAUAGUCUGUACAUUUGCCCGAUUUCCCCCUAGCCAUUUUAAUUUCUCUUCUCUUGAUCAAACAAUCAAUUGUGCCGUCGCUUCUUCUGCCACAGAAGAAUCGAAUCACAAAGGAUUAUUGGUCAAACUGCUUCCACGAUGUACGUACGAAUUAUAACGCCAAUAAUUCGAGAAUAAAAAAAAGUAGAAAAAAAUAAGGAAUUUUGGAGCAAUUUUCCAUUUCUCACGAGGCGUUGAACUCUCCAGUUUACUUUGGCCUGAAUUCGGCUCUGAUAUUAGCGUACGUGUCGGGUCUUCGUGCCGGUUACGGCACUGUCGUAACACGUGUAAAGCGCAUCCAGAGUAGGAGAGAACGCUCUUCGAGGUUUAGGCGGGACAGUUCACGGCGACCGUUGACGGCGCGCGGUUGCAUUCGUUUGCCGUACCGGUGCAUGCAUUCGGUGCAGUCGGCGUUGCAAUUCGAACACUCGGCUGCGUGCGAGCUGAUGUUCAGUCUCGGUGUGCCGGUUUCGCGGUGUAUUAACGAGUGACACUUGUGUAACAAUUAUUAUUGCACACACAAACACACACAUACAUACACACACACACACACCCACACACACACACGCACGCACAUCAUCUGCUUCAUAGAACAGCUGCAGUUUUCGGGGUUUAAGCCAAGCGAGGACAAUUGACGAGGGUAAAGACCUUGGUUCUACCUAAUACUACCCUUCUAACAGUCAGCUUGAUCUAACGCGGGUUUCUCUCUUGCAUCGCCAAAGCGAGCGACCUUCUGUCGUCAUUCUCUCCUCUUGUGUCCGUAACGUUAGAAUAAAACGCAUAGACCGACUGUACACAGAAGAAUAUAUAAGAUAAAUGUACUUAUUCCCGGACAUAUAUUUAAUCCUGGACAUUUUUAUUGUUUUGAUACUUAAAUACGAAUAUUUAAACUUUUAACAUAGAAUAUAUAUUCAAUAUAUACAAAUAUAUUCUCUUUAUGUAAAAAUAUUCGUACUUAAAGACCAAAACAAUAAGAAUGUUCAGAAUUAGAUACGUAGCUAGGCAUUGAUACUUUUGUCUUAAUGCAUUCAAACAAUUGGUUUCAUAAGUUUGUACAUCCGCAAAUCUAUCAAAUUCAUAAAUUCUAAUAAGUAAAUUAAAGCGAAGAUUUGGUUUGCUUAUAUACUACGUAGAGUCAAACCAACGUUUUCUCUUCGAUUUAUAAUAUUCUUAUAAAAAAAAUAAAUUUUUUUUUAGUACAUACUAAUGAGCUUCUCUAAAAUGUUUGAUGAGAGAGAAUAUAUUUUAUAUCAAGAAAGUAUUUCUAAUAACCAUUAUUUAAGAAAAAAUAAAAUAAAUGUGUAAUCACUUUCGUUUUUUAGCAGUAGAAUAUUUUUCUGUGUGCAAUGUCGUUUAUUUAAAAAACUUCUGAUGAAUAUAUUUUAAGACCAUUAUGAAGAACUAUUUUUUACUGAAGAUAACCAUUAUGUAAAAGUAAAUUAAGUAAUUUCUUAGCGAUAAAAUAUUUUUUCUAUACGUAAUAUCGUCCCCAUGCACUUUGUUAUAAUAAAAUCUCCUAAAUUUGUAAUAGAGACAAAUAUAUAUCUGUGACAUUUAGCACUACCCAAAGAUGUGUAUAAAGGAAACUACAAUUUAUCAAUUUUUUUCUCAGAAUCGCUCAUCCGCGUAAUCGAUACUGAGAAGUAUCUAAUCAAGGUAUUUUAUCGUUCACUUUGACGAGAGGUCCAGUACUGAAUGAAUAAACUUCACACAGACUGUCCCCUGUGAUCCCUUUCGCGAAGAGGAGAAAGGACGAAUUGGAGAAAUGCUCUGGCGAAGUGCAGUCAAUGCGCUGCUUGUCAAUCGGAUUUUAAUACACACACGGCACGGUACGCAGUGGUAGAUCCAGUUGACGUUCAUUAGCCUCCAUUAGCCGACAGAAUGCCAACGGUAUUCAGUCCGCUAAUGUGCCCUCCACGUGCUCGAAACUCGAUCAGUUGGGGCGUAAUCGGCGCUAGUAAUGCACCAGAUGCAACGCAAGUUACGUGCACGAUGUAAACGUAACGUGCCUUUUACGACGGGAUACUCGGCGCAAUGUUUAUGCGACACGUCGUAACAGGUGACGCGUGCACAUUCAAAUGUAAAAUCAUGAGCGCCGGUUCGGCGAGUCGCGUUAUUUCUCUUCCGCAGGAUAUCGAUCGUGCAUCACUUCCCCUAACGCGAACUCACAAGUGACAAGUGAACAGUUUUAUCUUGAAUUCGUCAGUAGUUCAGAAUUCGUUUUAUCAAAUUCGUCAAUAAAACUUUUAAUUUUUCAAGGACUUCGCGUUGAUGGAAAAGAUAUAUCCAGUAUGUAAAAAAUUCCUCGUGUCUCGUGUUCCCCGGGGAGCUAUAAAGUGAAACCCCGGGGAGAUACAAAGGACGAUUAGAUUAGAUGGGCUUUAUUAGAGUUACUUCACGCAGCGUGCGCGUAGGAGCAAUGGGAGUAUAGUGUUUCAAAGACUGUACGGGAGAGCGCUCUGAUAAAAUUACAAAACAUAUCACACCGACGAAACGUAUCCCGGUGACGAAAGUACUCCAAGGUGAGCCGUGUGGACUACCUUCUAAAGAUGCUGGACCAAACGUUCUACUCCACCCUAACCGCGGAGGAGAGAACCCGAACGUACCCUAUUCGGAAGGCGCGGUGCGUGAUGAUGUCAUCCGGCGAAUCGUCAUCCCCGGUGCAGACGAUAUCCUCCACGGGUUUCGACGUGCCGGACGAAGCCAGGCUGGCGAAAAUCACCCCGACAACGACCCCCUCGCCGACGACGUCGACGAAAACGUCGAAAGCCGACAACGAGACCACGACAGCGGACGCCGACGUGGAGGCGAUAGAGGAAGCGACGCCGAUCGUGCAGAAGACUUUACCCGUGUCGGAAUCGACGUACAAAAUAGAAAGAAACGGAUUCGACAUGGACACGACGAAGACGCUCAACGACCACGAGGAGCCCGACAUGUGUCUGAUCAAUUGUAUCUAUUACACGCAACAGUGUUGCACCUGCACGAUACUUUGAGAUCUCCGGGGAUUCUAACGUGAAUAUCCAAGAAAUGACACCUCCUCGCGAUUCUAUGGAUCGAUCCAUGGGGUCAAUCGCGAGACGCCGUUUUUCGGUGCGAAAUUUAGGAAUCGACAAUAAUGCGCCGUUAGGAGACACUUUGUGAUAUAUACGUAUAUAACAUAUACGAGGACAGUAGAAUAAAUCCUGCGGUGCGACGUUUAGAAAAAAAUUUUUGAUGCGUGUUAAUGCACGCGUGUGCACGCGUAAACGUUCGCGAUCCUCUCCAUUCCCGUCCUUCAUGGCGCAAGAAUCUUCGAUAUUGCAUCGCGUGACGAUAUUUAAUAUCGAGCGCGAUGAUAUUUUGAUUAAAAUAAAACAUUCGAUAGAUGUUUGAUGGAAUAUUCAUUUAGGAGCGACUUGAGAGGCACACGCAUAGAUAAUGAAACUGUAUUUAUAGAAUGUUUUUCUCUGCGAAGGGGAUUUAUCGCAACAUGUGCGCGAGUAUACACUGCCAUAGCGUCAUAAAAAUCGCGUUUGACGUAUACUCAGAGAAAAGGACACAGCAGCUAUUGGUUUCGAACACUGCCAAUGAUUCGAUAACUUCUGGGAAUGAGUAAAAAGCAAGUUCUCCCACUGGACUAUUGGUCGCGUCCCAAACGGUACAGAAGAAAGUGUGUUCAAACCGUUUUGAAAGUCAGUGUACGAGAGACAUUGCAAAAGACACAUGUGAGUCCGCGAACGUUCCCUCGCGCGUGUGUUGUUAUAGAACUAAGCUAUCGCCACAUAUUCGUCUUCCUCAUGACUUGACGUUGAAGCUAGCGAAUCAUACAAGCGAGUUUUCAUGUCGCCCGACCGACACGCUACAGACAGUUCGGUUCACUACAUGAAUUGCUAUCGUGUGUUGGGAGAUCUACGCAGCGAACUGAGCUACCUGCAGCGUACAUGUCAGGAGGCAUCAAAUCGUGCGUCGUGUGACGCUAGCUUUAACAACCGUGACCGUACGUUUGCGAGUGAUCAGUGGUUGUGUUCAGUAGAGCAAGUUGCUUCGCAACUUGUUGGGGAACUCGUGAAUCUGGUUGGCAUAUCCGGCCUUAGAUUCAGCCUAACUUAAGAGCAUACAUCGGUCAGAUUCACAAAUUUUACGACUCGCAAAACUCGUAAAUCUGAUCGCGUGUAUGCUCUUAGAUUCAGCCAGUGUUGGGCAUUUAUCGAUCGAAAUUUUAGCUGAAUAAAAUAAUCAGCAAAUCAAUCAUCAAAGUUAAUUAAUCGUCAUACACAGUACUGGUCAAAAGUUUGAGAUCACCGAUAAAAAUACCUGUCAAGAAUAAUCUAAAUUAUCGUUCAGACCAGAAUUUUUAUUAAUGCUCUCAAACUUUUGACCGGUAUUGUAUAAGAUACAAAUAAUUUCAUCGAUCUAUUGAAACUAAUUAUUAAAAUCAAACAUUAAUAGAUUAUAAACACUGAUUAAUAAUUAAUAAUUAUUAAUAAUUUCAUUAAUAGAUUAAAUGGUGAUGUUAUGUAUGACGAUUCAUUUUCGUGAUUGUUCUAAUUAAUUGAUUUACCGAUUGUUUUAGUCAAAGGAUAUUUCAAUCGAUUGAUGUCCACUGGGUUCAGCCAAGAUUAAGAGCAUACACCAAUCGGGUUCACGGAUUUUGUAACAGUCGCAAAGCAGCUUUCUGCCAAUGGCUUGACAAUUGCUCGUAACAUGUCAGACGGUUGAUCGCGGUUGAUCGGAAUUUGGUAAAAUUGCGAGUCGGAAAGGACAAAUCUAUAGUAUAUAGAGGAUACUGAUACACAGAGUGUACAUAUAUUCCACUUGGAAAAACGAAGAUAAUACAAACAGUAUCAAAACAGUAUUCUCGUUGUUCGUAUAAGGAUGCAUUUAUUACAAACGAGGAGUAACCCGAGAACAAUCACUUCUUAAUGCGUCAGUAACUAGGAAUAGCGUAUUUUGAUAAUAGCGCAGCUGAUGAUUAAAUCGGAUUUUAUUUUGUAA